GCUUCCGGUUCUCGUGAGAGGCGUUCUGGCUCGGGUGGCAGGCCCAGGGCUGGUGUGUGUGCGCGGUGCGCUGCAGUUUCUUGCAAGUCAGCCUCCCUUUUCCCGGACCAUGGCCACGGACUCCUGGGCACUGGCGGUGGACGAGCAGGAAGCAGCUGUCAAGUCGCUGAGCAGUUUGCAGAUCAAGGAAGAGAAAGUCAAACCAGAUACUAAUGGUGUUAUCAAAACCAGUACCACUGCUGAGAAAACAGAUGAAGAAGAGAAAGAGGACAGAGCUGCCCAGUCCUUACUCAACAAGCUGAUCAGAAGCAACCUUGUUGAUAACACAAACCAAGUGGAAGUCCUGCAGCGGGAUCCAAACUCCCCCCUCUACUCCGUGAAGUCUUUUGAAGAGCUUCGGCUAAAACCACAGCUUCUCCAGGGAGUCUAUGCCAUGGGCUUCAAUCGACCAUCCAAGAUACAAGAGAAUGCGUUACCCAUGAUGCUUGCUGAGCCUCCACAGAACCUGAUUGCCCAGUCUCAAUCUGGCACAGGAAAGACAGCUGCUUUCGUCCUAGCCAUGCUUAGCCGGGUGGAACCAGUGGACAGAUACCCCCAGUGUCUAUGCCUCUCCCCAACGUAUGAGCUGGCACUUCAAACAGGAAAAGUGAUUGAGCAGAUGGGCAAAUUUCAUCCAGAACUAAAGCUUGCUUAUGCUGUCCGAGGCAAUAAAUUGGAAAGGGGUCAAAAGAUCAGUGAGCAGAUUGUCAUUGGUACUCCUGGGACCGUCCUGGACUGGUGCUCCAAACUCAAGUUCAUUGAUCCCAAGAAGAUCAAGGUGUUUGUUCUGGAUGAGGCUGAUGUGAUGAUAGCUACUCAGGGCCACCAGGAUCAGAGCAUCCGUAUCCAGAGGAUGCUGCCCAGGAACUGCCAGAUGCUGCUUUUCUCUGCCACCUUUGAAGACUCUGUGUGGAAGUUUGCCCAGAAAGUGGUUCCAGACCCAAAUGUUAUCAAAUUGAAGCGUGAGGAAGAGACCUUGGACACCAUCAAGCAGUAUUACGUCCUGUGCAACAGCAGAGAUGAGAAGUUCCAGGCCUUGUGUAACCUCUACGGGGCCAUCACCAUUGCUCAAGCCAUGAUCUUCUGCCAUACCCGCAAAACAGCUAGCUGGCUGGCAGCGGAGCUCUCAAAAGAAGGCCACCAGGUGGCCCUGCUGAGUGGAGAAAUGAUGGUGGAGCAGAGGGCUGCAGUGAUUGAGCGCUUCCGAGAGGGCAAAGAAAAGGUUCUGGUGACCACCAACGUGUGUGCCCGCGGCAUCGAUGUCGAACAAGUGUCUGUUGUCAUCAACUUUGAUCUUCCUGUGGACAAGGAUGGGAACCCAGACAAUGAGACCUACCUGCACCGAAUUGGGCGCACUGGCCGCUUUGGCAAGAGGGGCCUGGCCGUGAACAUGGUCGACAGCAAACACAGCAUGAACAUCCUGAACAGAAUCCAGGAGCAUUUUAAUAAGAAGAUAGAAAGACUGGACACGGAUGAUUUGGAUGAGAUUGAGAAAAUAGCCAACUGAGAAGCUCCACCAGUCACUGGUACCCACCCUGGCGCUGCCCCUUCCUGGAAGACUAGUGCUUUCUCAGCAGAGGCCUGGACAGUCACCACGACGACGAAGGCACGAGCAGAAAGAACCUACCUACCUCAUUUUAAAUUACGUUUGGACUUGACCAAAAUUUCUGCAAAUGAUGGGGGAAAAUAGAAGGAAAAUUUUGCAUUUUGGAAAAUUUAAUCAUCCUCCCCUCUUAAGCCAUGGUUUCUCCCCAUCUUUAUAGUAAUCUGGUUGCUAUUGGUAAUCACUGGCCCCAGGAGACUCCCUGCCUGUUUUCUGGUUUGGCGGGUUGUGUGAGGCCUUCAUUUUCUAAGAAAAUGCUAGAGGUAGUGGUCGUGUGAGGAAGCCAGGCAGGACAUGGUGUGGCCCCACCACAGUGGGUGGGAGUAGUGGCCAACAGCAGAGAGGCCCAGGAACUGCCCCUUUCCUUGGACCCCUCAUGAGCAUUUGUCCUCCCCUCAAGGUUGGCCUUCUGCUUCUGAAAUCUAUAAAUGUUCCAGCUUAUCCCUUUUAUCUGUGCUCUGUUGCAGAAGAUACCCAUUUCUCCCCAGUGCACAUUUUGGCUACUUUUGUAUACUUCAGAUUUUGAUAGAGGCAUAGAAGUCAAUGGAUCCCAGCUCCUUGGAGACUGGUCCAGCCAGCAUAGAUGAAUCCUUCAAGGAUCUGGCCUGCCUUCUGUCAGUUACCCCAUCUGCUCAGUCAUGGCAACCAGGAGACACCAGGUGAUUAUCUGAACACAUCUGGCUAAGUUAGUUGGUUCUUAUCCAUGGGCUGUCACGCUGUGCCUGGAGCCGAACAGCAAUUUGGAAAGGAAGUUAUGACCACAUGAAAACUCUGGACUAUGCUGUUCAUCCAUAAUAGUGGACUUUAUGGGUUACUUUAAUUCAUACAUUGUAUGAAUAAGGAUAGAUAAAUUAUAGCUAUACACACCAUUAUGCUAAGACAUUUUAAAGUAAUUAUGAGAAAUGCUUUACUAAUCAUGAUUUGUUCUUGUUUGUACUACGUAUUUUUCUGCUUACUAGACUAAUAUAUACUCAUUUUAAAAAGUG